AUGGCCAUGUGGUCCCUGUGGAGUCUGCUUCUCUGGGAAGCUGUCCUUCCCGCCGUAGUCCGUGGGGCCCAAGUGCACGGCCAGGUGGGGGGCUCGGUGCUGCUGCUGGCCAAGCGCCCCCCCGGCUUCCAAGUCCGAGAGGCCAUCUGGAGAUCUCUCUGGCCUUCGGAGGAGCUCGUGGCCACAUUCUUCCGGGGCUCCCAGGAGACGCUGUACCACUCGCGCUUCCUGGGCCGAGCCCAGCUUCACAGCAACCUCAGCCUGGAGCUCCAGUCCCUGGAGCCGGGAGACAGCGGCAACUUCUCCGUGCUGUUGGUGGACACGGGAGGCCGGACCUGGACCCAGAUGCUGCAGCUCAAGGUGUACGAUGCAGUGCGCAGACCCGUGGUACAAGUGUUCAUCGCUGUAUCAGGGGGUGCUCAGCCCCCCAAGACCUGUCAGGUGUUCCUGUCCUGCUGGGCCCCCAAUGUCAGUGACAUAACCUAUAGCUGGCGACGGGAGGGGGCCACUGACUUUGGUAUUGAGCCAAGUGGCCUCUUCACGGAUGGACGGGUGCUGAAGGUUUCACUGGGGCCAGGAGACAAGAGCGUGGCCUAUUCCUGCAUCGUCUCCAACCCUGUCAGCUGGGACUUGGCCACCGUCACCCCUUGGGAGAGCUGCCAUCAUGAGGCAGGUAUGCCAAGGGCCAGGGGAAAGUCCUCCUACAAAGAUAUGCUGCUGGUGGUGGUGCCCGUGUCCCUGCUCCUGACCCUGGCUGGUCUCCUCUCUGCCUGGCACCCCUGCUACUCAGGUAGGAGAAAAAAGCAGGACAUCUGUGCCAACAGAGGGGCUCCAGAGACAGAGAACCCGCUUGUAUAG